AGAGAGAGAGAGAGAGAGAGAGAGAGAGAGAGAGAGAGAGAUGGGUGUUACAGGAGGACUUGUGAGAAGCAUUUUCUUCAGAAACAAAUCAUUUGGGGCUCAUGACUACAACAACAAUGGAGGAAGCAAUCUAGGAGAGAAGAAAAGAUGGAGCUCAGUAAGAUCAUACCUUUGUGGAGAUGAAUUCAACUCUGUUCUCGCAGUGGAUGACUCAGGGUCAAUAAAAGAUUCUUUAGACCCUCUUCUUCUUACAAUGUCUCAUCAGCUGAGUUCAGAACCUUGUGAUUCGGUUCUGGCAAUCCAAGAUUCAGCUUCUGUGAAAAAACAUCUUGAUGAGGAGGAGGACUGUGUUUCAGGUAAGAGCUCAGAGGUUUCAGUAACUCAGCCUUUACACAAAGAAGACCAAAGCGAGGCAACAGAGACACACAUACCAAAGAAGCAUCCAAUCUCUAAGCUGUUUCUAGAAGAAGACGCUGCAAUCAUAAUCCAAUCAGCAUUCAGGAGUUACCUGGGAAAACGUGGGAGCAAAGAAGUAGAAGAAACGUGUGAUAAGGAGAGCUUCUCAGGAGAAGAAUCACAAGGUAAAAUAUCCAUGGGGACAUCACUAGAAGUUCAGACAUGUGGUUCCGUGAAAGCACCUUUCUUUAGAACAAAACGAGUAAGAACAUUGCAUAAGAACAACACUCAAGUUCUGAGGAUAAAGGAAGACUGGGAUGAUAGCACAGUGUGCAGUACCAUAUCAAAGUCGAGGAUUCAAAGCAGAAUUGAAGCAAUGACAAAACGGGAGAGAGCACUUGCUUACGCAUUUUCACAGCAGCUAAGGAUUUGCACAAAGAAGAAGCAAGUAGAACGCAACAGUGAAGAAGAUGAAUCAAACAUCGGUUGGAGUUGGCUAGAGCGCUGGAUGGCAACUCGUGUACCAGACCGAACUCAGAUUGAGCCCACAACAAACAUCCAAGCAAAUAGUACGAUGAAAAUUCAAAGUUUGGUUAGAAGGAAUAGAUCUUUUAGUAUAGCUGGGGAGUUGGAGAGCUGUGCCUCCAACGAUAUUCCUCUCCAAUUUGAAAGCAUAUCAGAAGACUUGCAGAGAGAAAAGAGCAGUGUUAAAGCUACCAUAUCAAAGCGCAAAUCUGUUCCAAUCAACAAAACACAGAGAAGACAUAAUAACAGGCUUCAGGCAACGAGAAAAGACAUGCAACAACAGACAAAGAAAGCUAAGAAGGCCAAGGCUGUACCAACAAGCUGCAAAUUGGGAAAUGAACACGAACGGAAGAUAAAUAGCAGCAGCUAAAGAUGAUAACAGUUACCACCUAUAAAUCUUAACUGAGUGUUUCACAAUAGUUUGUUCUUCGGGAUCUGAUAACAACAUUCUGUAAAUCGUUUGGAGAAUCAAAUGAAAUGAGAACCUCUACUAAAUAAAAAUUAUUCAUGUCUGGGUUUCUCGGAAGAUUGUGUCUAAUAAUUUGA